UAAAAUUUCAAAUUCCCUCUACUAAGGGAAACCAAUUCAUCAAUUUCUUCAUCGCCAAUUUUUUCCAAAUUAUGGCUUCUUCAACUCAAUUUGCUCUCACUUUGAUUACCCUAACUCUGUUUCAAUUCCUAACAGGUUCUUAUUCAACAACAUUCACAAUUGUUAACAAGUGUAGUUACACAGUUUGGCCGGGAAUUUUAUCCAGUGCCGAAUCACCACCGUUCUCCACCACCGGUUUCGCUCUUCAACCCGGCGAAUCAAAUACCCUCGCCGCACCACCUUCAUGGUCCGGCCGUCUAUGGGGAAGAACACUCUGCUCUCAAGAUCCCACCGGAAAAUUCUCUUGCAUAACCGGUGACUGUGAUUCCUCCGCCGUCGAAUGUGCCGGAAAAAACGCAAUACCACCAGCAACAUUAGCUGAGUUUACACUUAACGGCAACGGCGGACUUGAUUUCUUCGACGUUAGUCUCGUCGACGGUUACAAUCUCCCGAUGUUGAUCGAACCGCACGGCGAAACUAGCGGCGGAAAUUGCAUGACGACGGGUUGUUCUGUUGACUUGAACGUUGCGUGUCCGAUGGAAUUGAAAGUUAUGAGUAGUAACGGUACUGGUGUGGGAGUCGCGUGUAAAAGCGCGUGUGAAGCUUUUGGGGAUCCACAGUAUUGCUGUAGUGGCGAUUUUGCUACGCCAGCUACAUGUAAACCAAGUUCCUACUCGCAGUUUUUUAAGAGUUCGUGUCCACGCGCUUAUAGUUAUGCUUAUGAUGAUGGAACUAGCACUUUCACUUGUGCCUCUGCUGAUUAUACCAUCACUUUUUGCCCCACAGCUUCCACAAGUCCAAUCAAGUCUGGGAAUGAGAAAUAUCCAAUACCGGUGUCGGAUGUAUCAGGUGUGUCUGAUGUUCGACAUAUAAGAACGGUCAACAAUGUUUUGAUGAUGAUGAGUGUGGUCUUUGUUUUGAUGCAUUUGGUGUUUUAUCGGUUGUAACCGGCCGAUCAAUUUGUUGCUCCAAUGUCAUCUAACAUGGCUGGUGAUAAAUUUGGUGGGCUAUGAGUUUCUGUCACAAAAUUGCUUAAUCAACUUGAAUCCUACAGAAUGUGACUACUAGCAACUUGUUAUUUCAAAGAUUGCAACUUCUCAACUUGAGCAACCCAAUUUUAUUAGCUAUUUUAUUAUAUUAGCAAAAUUAAUUAAUCAUUCUUAUAGUAUCUCUAUCUAGGAAGUUCAAGUAGGAACAGAGUUAGGCAGGUAGGAGAGUUACAUCAGCUCACAAAUUUCACACCAUUCUUAUGUUGUCCUCUAUCUGAAGUGACAAAUUGAGGCAUUAAUUUUAGGAAAUAUAUAAAAUAGUUAGUAGAUCAAUUUGCUCUCCAAUUGUAAUUAUGAAAUCAAUUUUAUUAAAAUAAUUAAGGAGGAGUACAAUUUUGAA